AUGAAUGUUGAAACAGAUGAUGUGCUACCCAUUGGACUAAGUGAAAAUGAUACCCAAAAUCUCAUGGAUGUUGAUGGUGAAUUGCAUACAGCUCUUGUAAGCCCGAAUGAGAUGACUUUCAUAGGAGAGGCGCCAUACGAGGGAAAAGAAUUUGCUACAUUGGAGGAGGCAUACAACUAUUACAAUUCUUAUGCAAAAAAAAUGGGCUUUGGAAUCCGCAAGGAAACAGGCGAUAAGUCAAGAAAGUUAGGAGAAAUUAUUUCUCAAGUUUUUGUUUGCAACAAGGCAGGGAGAAAAAGGUUAUCAGAUAAGAGAGAGUGUGGGAAACUUGUCAAUCGCCGUCCAGAUACUAGAGUGGAUUGUCCCGCAAGAAUGAAGAUUAAGUUGACUUCCUCCAAGACAUGGAUUAUCACGAAGUUUGAGGGAGAGCACCUAACCCAUCUAUUAUCGAGCCCUGAUAAAGUGUGGAAUCAUUAUUCCCACAGGCAAAGGCAUCACUCGAAGACUUGCAAGAGAAUUAUUCAGAAUUUGAGUGAAGAAGGAAUGGCUCCUUCUAUAUUGCUCGAGUGUAUAAUGUUGUGUCUAAGAGUUUUCAUGACGAAUAUAUUACUGCACAACAAUGUAUUGAUCACAUCAGAACUAUUAGGAAGAACAACAUUGGUAAUGAAUGCAUAUCCAUCAUAA